AUGCUCGCCACCACCCUCCUCACCCUCCCCCUCGUCCUCUCCACCGCCCUAGCCAACGCCCCCAUCCCCGCCCCCUCCGGCCCCAACAACAACAUACCCACCCCCGCCACUAACGCCGCCGACGCCGUAGCCACCCUCAGCUUCACAAUCGAGGGCUUAAGAUACUGGAUGAUCCUCAACAGCGUCGUCCAACCGGGCCCCACCGGCAUCGAAAACAUCCUCCUCUCCGCCCUCAACCUCGCCUACGACGGCGUCGUCCAAGGGCCUCAGGAAGUCGCUCUCGACACGCAGUGUUCGUCGCAGCAGACGGUCGGCGGAGUGGGGAUUACCAUGGUGGCCGGCUUCAACUUCGCCCACUUCGACAGCGCCGACUGGCACGACAUUCUGGAGUUUUUCUGCGGGCUCGUCUCGAAUCAGUAUAAUUUCCCUUCGACGCUCGUGGGUACUGUGACGAAUCCCGCUGUGGGCAGUAUUGCGUAUGCGACGCUUGGUAGGAGCGCGCAGAAUAGGGGUCCCAUGAGGAGGGGGAGGAAGCGGCAGAGUGGUAGUGCGACGUGCUCGGGGAAUUUCUUGUCGUGA